AUGGGGGUACAAAGGAAACCCCAGAAAAGUUUGAUGGAGCUGAUAGGAGGUCAACAGGGAAAGUCUGCACCUGCCCAAACAGUAUCAUCCCAGGUUUUACCUCUUCCAGCCAGGUCUCCUCCUCCAGUCCCUCGCCACCCUCCUCGAUCCUCUCCGCAACCAGCACCGCCCAGUACUGCCGAGCAAGAGAAGCGUAGAGAACAGAAGGGUAAGGGGGUAGCAGCUGCGAGCAAAUCCCGUCCCACUCAAGAGGAGGAUGUCCAGCGAGCUGCAAAGCAGCAGAAAACCAGGCACCCCUCUACGCGGGGCCAAGAGAAAUCUGAUUCCCCACAUCCCGAUUCGCAAGCGUGGUUGCCAGUUCCUAUGUUCGGUGGGGAGCCCCUGCGAGACGAUGCCUCUCCAGAGAACGUGUAUUACCCCGAGGCGAUACGCUCCUCAGCUCCUCAACCAUACCAGGCUGAUACUCCAGCCCCGGCUAUUAACCCUAGCGAGGAAGUUUUACCUCGCAAUUCCCCUCCAGGAGCUUCUCCAAACAAAUUCAUCACUGCUUCGAAGCCAAAUACGGUCUCCCAGGGUUUUCAACAAGAAUUGGACUCCACAGUUCAAUCAACUGGGGGCAUUAUCAAUUAA